AUGACAACCUACGUUGAUGAAUCUCAAAAGGGUCGUGCCAUCGCCGUGUUCUGGAUCAUUUUCAACCUCGGAGGAGGUGUCGGAUCUCUCGCUGCAUUCGGUCUCAACUUCCACUCUAAGAGUGGAACGAUCACAAAUUCAACUUAUAUCGCACUGAUGGUAGUCAUGCUCGUAGGUUGGGUCCUUGGUAUGUUCAUUUGCGCCCCCCGCCGAAUCAAGCUUGCCCAGCUACAUGCCGCUGUCGAACAUGAGAAGUUCUCUUUCAAGGGUUCCAUCAAAAAUGCAAUUCAAGUCAUGUGUACUUGGCGCGUAGCUUGCAUGCUACCACUUUUCUUCGCUGCCAAUGUCUUCUAUUCCUACCAACAAAACCAAGUCAACGGUCAGACUUUUAACAUUCGGACUCGCUCGCUCAAUGGUGCGUUGUACUGGAUGGCGCAGAUGUUCGGCGGUCUCUUGAUUGGAGUUAUCCUGGAUCUUCCAUUUCUUAGCAGGACAACAAGAGCGAAGAUCGGCUGGGCUGUUUUGGUUGUGACUGGCAUGGCCAUCUGGGGUGGUGGCUACGCAUUUCAGAAAUGGCAGACUCAUCGUAUUAAGUCCGGUCACAAACAGGACAUUGAUUACAUGACGGGCUCAUUGGCUGCUGGACCGAUGUUCUUGUAUAUCUUUUAUGGUGCUUACGAUGCCUUAUGGCAGGGUUUCUGUUACUGGCUGAUUGGCACGGAGUCAAAUUCCACUACACGUGCAGUUGGAGCUUACAAGACCUUCCAAGCGACUGGUGGCGCGAUGGCGUGGAGAAUCAAUGCUCUGAAAGUAGCUCCUAUGUCGCAGCUCGCGAUGAACUGGGGGUUAUCUAUGGGAGCGCUUCUGAUUGUGCUACCUACAGUGUGGACAGUCAGCGUAACAACGCUCGUGUCAGAGCCAGAGGUUAUUGAACCUGCCCAGAAAGAGUCCGAGUAG